CCGCCUUCGAGAAUAAUAUUCAUUUACCGUUUACCAUUUUGGAUUAUUUUCCAAUUUUGUUUUCCUUUUUUAACAUUUACUCUCUUCCAUCAACCGAUCCAUCCACUGGUCGCUGUCAAACAGAGAGACUGAGUGAGAGAGAGAGAGCUGAGACGGAGAGUGAUGCUACCUGCAAUCCCGGCCAAUUUUUGUUGAUAUUCUUAUCGUGUUUGAUCCUUCGAUUGUGAUCGGUAAUGGGCUCGAGUCGUUCUGGGGUUUGAAGGCUUCGAAUCGGAGGACGAUGGAGUUCGAGGAUGGCAAUGGCAAUGGCAAGACCAACAACUGUGGGAUGUGGGAGUGGCAAGGAGAUGAAUACAGUCUUCAGAGAAACACGCGAAAUGCAGAAUUCUCUCACUUGUUCUGGGAUGAAGUAUGCCAAAAUGAAGAUGAUCUGUUAUACAUGCUGGAUGAGCAUACUCCCAUUAAAGAUUGUGCAGAUCUGGGACACCAAGUUUCUGAUGUUGGAGAUGAAACUACCAAAGGUUUGGAAGAAUGCAAGGAUUCUAAUCAACUUAAGAGGAGACGCACGCUCCAGUUCACUACUGAUACCAAUGAGGCUGCAAACGACCAAAUGACCUCUACAGUUUUCAAAUCUAAGUUGAUGGAGAGCUCCAUGAUGGAAGAUGGGAUUUCAGAGAGUUUAGAGUGCACCACACAGUGGACUUUGGGCUUCUCAGAUGAUAGGUCUGCCAUCAACUCUGACGGGUUGGAUCAGUCAUCAGAUGGGUGGCUAGUAGAUUACCUGAAUGAAAGCGAGACACAUUGCAGCCCUGAUGAAAAGAACAAUAUUGUAGCCUUCAAUCAGCAAGUUGAUAUUUCUGAGUUCUACAAUGAUUCACCUGCCAUGGAAACUGACAUGGUGCCAGAGACUCCUGCUCCAGCACAUCUGAAAUUCUUUAAUGGUGUGCUUGGUAAAAUGUCAUAUAUCAAAGGGCCAAAAAAGUUGACUACCUCAAUUGCUUAUCCUUUUGCUCUUAUUAAGCCUUGUGGAGUUCACGGGGAUGUGACUUUGAAGGACAUAAAUCAACGGAUUCUUGCUCCACUGCCAUCAAAAUCAAAGCUUAAGAAGGAUGAGGAUCCAUCCAUUUCUUAUCCAACCUCGGCUUUCUCUGGGAAGCCUGUGGUUGUCAAAACAAAAAUACGCACUGAAGGUGGACAAGGUAGCAUUACAAUUAUGAGAACGAAAGGUUGAGUAGAUAUUUGAUAGUCUUUUGAAUAUUUUGUUUGGCCUUGCUCAUGUGUAUCAUCAUUUGAUGGUUUGCAUGGUAAGUACUUGCCAAGUACUGUAGAGAUGCUAGGCUUUUUGGAAUCUUCUUGUGGUGUUGAAUUUGUCAGUUGGAGUUAUUUGUUGAACUUGUUUUUUGGGGCUUAUUUUUCACACUUUCAGGUGUUAUGUAAUGACAGUUGUUGUGCAUCUAAUGAUAGGAAACUUUUAAUGUGUUA